CCGGAAAGAGGUAUGGGUAUGAGCAAGUUCAUCGGGUUCGUCGUGGGUGGCCUGGAAGCGAACGGAACGUGUGUGUGGUCCGAGCGUUCGUAUGCUGGAUGCGACUGUCGCGAGCGUAGAAGAUGCAAGACGCUUUGUCCGAACGAAACGGAGAGCCUUCUCCGUGGCACUGUAUAGUCGUUCAGAAAAUAAUUGGCGUGUAGUUUUAAGUGAUGCGUCCGAAGAUGACGCUCCUAUUGAUUUAUUAUUUUUUAAUCUUUCAUCGAACGUCGUCGGAACUGGCGCACGGAUUCCCUAUUAAUUCGAAUAGUAAUAAUGAAACAUGGAAACAUGGUUUAGAGUUGAGUCCCAGGCACAGGAUAAAGGAUUCCACUUAUCUGCUGGACAGGUACCCCAUGAGAGAAUUACCACCUGAUUCUUUAAAUUGUCAUAGAGCAGCAAAAUGUGUAGAAAUGCAAAGGAGUACUUGUAUGGGUACAAGAUUGUCAUAUACCACUACUACAUUGGAUCUUAUACCUGAACAUGUAACCCAAGAUAUUGUAGAGGAAAAACUACAUGUAUUGCAAGCAUUAAGACAUAUGCCAAAGUGUUGGGCAGUUGUUCAACCCCUCCUGUGCUCAAUAUUUAUGCCAAAAUGUAUCAAUGAUACGGUGGAUUUACCAUCACAAGAGAUGUGUAAAAUGGUUUCAGGACCAUGUAGAAUCGUGUUCAAUCACACAAUAUGGCCAAGUUUUGUUAAAUGUGAAAAUACAGAUCUAUUUCCCAGACUAUGUAAAAAUGAUAUUAGAGAAUUGAAAUUUAAUAUUUCUGGUAAAUGCCUAAAGCCAUUAGUUCCAACUGAUAAUGCACUUGCUAUUUUUGAAGGAGUUGAAGGUUGUGGAACACAGUGCAAUGAUCCACUUUUUACUCCAGAUGAGCAUAAGCAAAUUCAUUCUUUUAUUGCGUGGGCUGCAGGCAUCUGUGGUUCAUUUAAUUUAUUCACAGUUAUAACAUUUUUAAUUGAUUGGAGAAGUGCAAAUAAAUAUCCAGCUUUAGUUGUAUUUUAUAUAAACUGUUGCUUUAUGAUGUCCUGCAUUGGAUGGCUUGCUCAGUUUACAGGAAGCAGAGAAGUAAUUGUGUGCAGGAAAGAUGGAACCUUAAGAAUGAGUGAGCCGAGUGGAGAGAAUUUGUCAUGUGUCGUAGUGUUUGUUCUUGUGUAUUACUCCCUUAUGGCAGCUAUGGUAUGGUUUGUGAUCCUUACAUAUGCUUGGCAUAUGAGUUUUCAAGCAUUAGGCAAAAUCCAAGAUAGGAUUGACAAGAAGGGCUCAUACUUCCAUUUAAUUGCUUGGUGUUUACCACUUGUCCUUACUGUUACAAUCAUGGCAUUAGGGGAAAUUGAUGGAAAUAGUGUUACUGGUAUAUGUUUUGUGGGUUACACUAAUCAUGCAGUCAGAGCUUGGUUUUUGCUUGGCCCUGUGUUGAUUGUCUUACUCGUUGGAGGUUAUUUCUUAUGCAGAGGAUUAAUUACUUUGAUUCGACUAAAAAUAAGCAGUCAAGAAAUUAUAUCUGAAAGAGCAAGUUCUAAAAUACGAGAGACCAUCGUGCGCACGGGACUAUUCUCGAUUUUCACAUUCGCUGCAGUUGUGGUGACUUUUUAUUGCCACAUUUACGAAUUUCAACAUUCUGAAGAAUGGCGUCAGAGUUUUAGAAAUUACAUGAUAUGUGCAAUAACAACAAAGUAUUUGGAUAUUUCGGAAUGUAAAAUGGAAGUACGACCGAGUGCAGCUAAAAUGCAAUUACACUUGCUUUCACCAUUUUUUGCUGGUAUUCUUAUGUCUUCAUGGGUGUGGACUGGUUCAACUGUAGAUACUUGGACCAGAUUUCUUAGACGAACAUUCAACUGCGAAACAGAAGAGCCUAUUAGACUGAAGAAACACAAAGUAAUUGCUCAAGCGUUUGCAAAACGAAAGACAUUCAACAACGCUGGCCGAUUGUCUAUCAGCUUCCAUAACACCCACGAGGAUCCAGUCGGUUUAAACUUCGAUCUAAACUCUGUAGCUUCUCAGGAUUUCAGUUCAACGUGGGCAGCUGCUUUGCCAAAGCUAGUUACUCGUAGAGGUGCACUCGUCGGUGGUACAACGGGCUCUGUAUCUAGUAACAGGAGAAAUUCUGUAGAUUCUGAAAUCAGCUUUAGCGUACGUCGGGUGUCUGUGGAAUCUAGAAGAAACUCUUUGGAUUCACAAAUAUCAGUUCAAAUAGCUGAAUUGAAGACAACGCGGAAAGUCGCUAGCAGUUCACGCGGUCGACGCGGGAAACGACGACGAGACUUCGGAAAAUCUAGAUCAGGUAAAGUAGGUCCGCUGUUUAGAAGAGGCAGUACGACAUCACAGGAAAGUCAGCUCGGUGCACAGAUAUUAUCGGCGUUGACUAUAGGUGGCAAUUCGAAAGUACCGCCCAUUCAAGUGCCUAAUAUGAAGAGACGAUCGGCUAGCGCUGGUUUGGAUGACCGCGCCUUGAAUCCUAAACUAUUCGAUGGGAAGAAUGCUGGGAUGCUGCUUCCGUUCCUAUUUCCAGGGCAAAGUGGCAGUGAUGAGAAUUUAAGUAGUGAAGAAAAACGGCAUCAAGAAAUAUCAGGAAAAGACGUGGAUAUCGAAGGAGGAAAUAUGGAAAAGGACGAUCAAGACAGUGAUAGUGAUGACAGUCAACCAGAAGAAGAAGCUAAAAUGUUAGAUCCUGAAGAACCUCAUGAACGUAGCAAGAGUAAAAUUAGCAACAAGAGUUCAAAAAGUUAUGGUCACGAGAGUGAUAGGAGGAGCAGAGAAGGCCGUAGGAGUAAAUAUUUGCUCCAAGAUGAAACCAUUUUAAAGCACUUGUUUCAAGAAUCCAGUGAUAUUAAGUUGAAAAGUGACGCAGAAAUAAAAGAGGUAUAUAGAAAAGCUGGAAUGGGAAAUCUGGCAUCUAGUUUAAACUCGUGUUCUCCUGAAUUGACAAGACUAAUGCAGUCCGAGGCGCAGACUGGCAAUGCUCGAGAAAUGGCAACGCAGACAUCGUUGCCAUUGGACAUUUUAGAAAUGGAGGAAUUAAAACAGAGCAUAGACGAGAUUAUCAAUAGCCGAAAUUGUAGCUCAAAGGGAACACAGAUCUCACCGCAAUUAAAUAAAAACAAAAAUAUCAAUACGUAACGUCAGUUUUUCCUCCGACUUUACGUACAAAAACUUUUUGUAAAAAUGAUUUGCGAUACAGUGAAGUUCAAAAUCUGUCUUUUUAGUUCAUAACUAUUAUACUGCUAUACUUAUUCAAGUUUUUUUUUAGUUUUGUAAGUUUUUUUUUAUUUUUUAUAUGUAUAUGUUCAGAGUAUUUUCUAAGGAAGAAAACAACAUAUUUCAUGAAGAUUUAACAGUAUAACAGCUAUAUGUGACUUGUGUUAUUUACAUGUGUGACUGUAUAUGUGUAAUAGUGUAAUGGCAUGACUGUAAUUGUAAAUACUAUUUUAAAAUAACUCAGUCUUAGUAGUAUAUAUUAUUACUUUUUAUACAUUUUAUUAUUGAUAAAAUAGCAAUAUAGUAAAAAAUAAUUCGAUGACAUUUUACAAUACUAAAGUUGUAAACGUAUCAUAAAUAUAAUUUUCGCUUGGCUUUUUAUAAAGAACGAUCUAAAUCUAUUUUUAACGUUGCUCGGUAUAUUACAGUAUUCUACAAAAUGCAUAUCCUAAUGUACUUAAGUCACAUACAAAUAUUUUUUUAUGUAUGUACAAGUAGAAUUUAUUUUCUUAUUUAAAAUUUUUUUCCCCUUAAAAAGUUAAGACGAAUUGUGCAACAAAUUGAAACAAAUUACAUUCUACAUUUUCAAUACAACAUUCAAAAUACAUAUAAUAUUAACAAAAAAAUACAUUAAAAGGUGUCUUUAUUCAAUAGUAUUAAACAAAAACGAUACGUAUUUAGCAAUACAUUAUUUAUUCAAUAAUUUUUGCCUCCAUUUUGUAUAAAUUGUUACAAUAACUAAUUAUUAUCAAAAUUUUUUAUAAAAUAAAUGGAAAAUAUCUAGUUCUAUAAACAAAAAUGUCUCAGUUGAAUAUUUGCACAACACAUUGUAUCUUUGUGAAAAUGUAUUCUGAAAUUUACUAAUAUAUUUAUGGAACGUAACUAUAGAUAAGGUCAACCCGUUAUCGAUAAUUGAUAUUUUCCGUAUAUAGUUUAACAGCUUCCCAGUAUGCGAGUUCAAUUUACUUACAGAUAAAGCCAAUCACGCUAACGUGAUGUUUUGAUUUUAUUGUAGUAAUAAAUAUUGAAAACUCAUGAAGAUCUUUCAAAAUUAUACAUUUUUUUUUUCUUUUCUUUUUUAACGUUCUUAUUACUUAAAGGUAUAACUAAAAUCCGUUAACAAACUCUGUACUUCUGAUCGACUAUGUCAUAUUUCUUUGUACACUAUAUAAAUGACGAAAUGCUAAACUAGAUCUCUAAAGUUAGUCUAAUCUGUUAUAAAUGCAAAAACGGCAUUUCUCAUCUUCACUCGAUACGUUUUCGACACGAGAAUCAUCGAUGGCAUCAAAUCUUGGUGAACACGAGUACACGUGCUAAUGAUUUCUUUGCUCGAUCAGUCCAGCAAAAGCAUAUUCCUCUUGCUCGAUUCGCCUCACUUCAUUAUGCUUUCAAAUCCGGUCCGAUACAUUCUGCUACGUACUUUUUUCCUAUACUCGGUACAAACACAGCCGGAUUUUAGUAUUUGGUAAAACGGUAUUUGCAAACAUGUCUGUUGAUAUACCUUCAAAACGCGGAACAAUGCAUUCAUUCCACACACGUGUUCACAGUUCACCAUUUCUCUAUGACGCAUUUUCUUCCUUUCUUUCUAAAUUUUAUUUCAUUUCUUUGUUGUCAGAGUAACAAAUAUCGAACGUAUAAAAAUGUACUAGCUGUUGCAUCGUGUGUACGUAUGUGUGUUGUCCGUGUUUUUCUUUUUUUUUUACUUUCCAUUUGUUUGCAUUUUUUAAUUUACAUCACCAUGAAUAUCAGGCAUCAGAGUGUGUGCAGUGUACUUAGUUAUUACAAUUAGUCUUCCCUUUUCUUUGUUGCAUAUGACACAAAC